UAGACAAGCGCGCGUGCGCGCGCGCGCGCACACACACACACACACACACACACACACAGCACGCAAAGAAUUCAUUUGCGGCAGGCUGACGCACUCUCCUAAAAUAAUAACGCAUGCAAAUAAGAGCACAUAGCCCGCUGCGAUGUCCAGAAGGCACCAGUGCGCGUAAUUACGCCGCGCCGGUUGGUAGGAGUGUUAAGGUGAGGGUGUAUUAGAGGCAAAGUGUUUUGGUAAACCCGCUACUUCGAUGAGCAACAAACGAGAGAAGGGCCUGGUACACAGUGCGCCCAUCGGACUAUGCCUUCCCCAACUUGGGAGGGAAGCAAAGCGGAGACCGGACAGACAGAGGACGGAGCAGCGGAGAGCGGCGACAGGGGGAGAGGGACAGGCGGCCGUCUCGUGUGCGCCCUGGAGAUGGAGAUGACAAACCGCAGCCUGCACGGCGACUCCAAAGUGGAUUGUGUAAAUUGCGAUGGCUUGAUCAGUCGAAACGGCGGGGACUCGGCUGAAGUAUCUGUGCCGCUGACACUUCCCGGGAAGCGGACAACUCUUAUGGAGGGAGACGACCUCUACAGACUGCGAGACAGAAAGGUUUUAUUAGAGGAUAAAAAGCGCCUUUGCGCGUUGUCUUUGGGCACCGCUCUGCUCGGGAUACUGCUCAUGAUAAUCCACGUCGAGAUAUGUCCCAACGUCUAUAAACCGGGAUCAAACAUUGGCUUAAUCAUCAACUGUUUCAUCAGCCUGUCCACUGGGUGUCUCCUCAUCCUCAUUAUAGCUUUCCAUUAUAAGGACAUCAGGCUGUUUGUCAAUGACCACAACCAGGUGGACUGGCGUAUUGCCAUGACAAGCCACAGGGUUUUUGUGAUCACUCUGGAGCUGUUGGUCUGUUCUAUCCAUCCCGUCGGCACAUACUGGAAGGUGGGCCUCCAGGUCAACUCCACUUCCUCAACUCCGCUCUGUAUUUCCAACGAUAACAACGAGGCGCUCUUGGACGUGGAGCUGCUCUUAUCAGUGCUGAUGUUCCUCCGUUUGUACUUGGUGCACAGAGCCAUCCUGCUGCACAGCAAAGUGCUGCUGAGUGCCUCCUACAGGAGCAUCGGGUCACUCAACAACAUCAACUUCACCUUCCGCUUUGUUCUCAAGGUACUGAUGAACAAACACCCGGCACGCACGCUGCUGGUCUUCAUCCUCCUCUUCUGGCUCACUGCGUCCUGGAUGCUUACUUUGUGUGAGAGGCAGAAACAAGCAUCAACAGGCAACAUGGAAACCGCUCUGUGGCUCAUAGCCAUCACCUUCCUCACUGUGGGCUAUGGGGAUGUGGCACCCACCACCAGCUGUGGCAAGGCAGUGUGUCUCUUCACUGGAGUCAUGCUGAAAAGAGGAAAACAGGGUGUAGCCUGCACUGCCAUGCUGGUGGCAGUCGUUACCGAGAAGCUGGCGUUGAACAAAGGAGAGAAACAUGUGCACUUCUUCAUGCUGGACAUCCAGAUCUCGAAAAGGAUCCGCCACGCCGCUGCUAAUGUGCUGAGGGAAUGCUGGCUUCUACAUCGCACAAACGUGACAAAGGGCAGCCGAGGCGAGCACCGACGACACCAGAGAUGCCUUCUGGAAGCCAUCAGAGUAUUUCGGCAUUUGCGCCUCAAACAAAGACAGCUGAGAGAUUACGUAAGUGAGAUGGUGGACCUCCCUAAGAUGCAGAUGAUCAUGUGCGACCUGAGUGCCAACUGGAAUAACUCCUAUCGGGAGCUAGAGCAGCGUAUCCUCUCCAUGGAGCAGAAGCUGGAUGAACUGAGUCGCUGCUUCCAGCAAACCUCUGAGCUGCUGUCUCAGGUCCUGCGUCAGCGCAACCCAGAGAUCAGGUGACAUGUCUCUAUGCAUUUGUUAAGAACGGAGUUAACUGCCUUCACUGUUUUCAUCUACAAUAUCCAUGAAAAUGAGACGGUAAAUCCUCUCCACCCAGAGCUGCUCCAGACUCUUAACAUGCUGAACCACUUGGAGGACUGGCAUACCUACUAAAGAUCUCAUCUUCUGGCCCUGUGCUGAGUGCACUGCACAGUGACUCAUAGCUGUAAAAUUAUACAGAUAAAAUAAGACUUUUAUUCACUGUGGGAGGAGAAUCACUGUGCAUUUUGAGAAAUCUGCUGUGAUUUCAGCAGUUGUGUUUGUGACAGCGAAAGAACUGAAUUAAAGUAAAACAAGGGCCGUGGAGAUCCGUGUGAUCCACACUGUCACAGGCUCCAGGAUUGCUCUCUUAACUGCUAUUUGUGAGGAUUCAUUGAUGGACUCCGUCAAUGCCUUAUUCCUGUGGAAUAAGAUAUAUAUUUUUACAUGCUAAUGUUAUUUUAAAUGUCUUGCAAUAUUUUUUAACAGUGUUAGCCUGAUCAAUUUUAUAGAAACCUCUUUUUCAAAUCCUUUUUCAUUAGCAGACAGUUUAAUGGUUACCAAGCUGAUUCUUGUUUGCUAACAGUCUUAUUGAAUAUAAUACAAUCUCUAACAAUUGCACAUUGUUCUGCUUUCCACCAAGCCACCAAGCUAUUUGUGAAUGAAAUGUUUUAAUGCUCCACCAACAGAAGAAACUAAACUUCAGUUCAAGUAUAGCCUUUAUUUCAAACUGUAAGUCCUUGGGAUUGCACCGGAUGUCAACUGAAACUCAGAGAUUAAUGUCGACAUUUAAGGUUGUAACCAUCUGAUGCAGGAAAAGCAUCUAACAGUUUACACCUGUUCUCAAAACAAUGGAACUUGAGCCUAAGAUAUCUUGUAAGCUCUUCUUUUAGCAACCCAACAGCUCCAUCUAGUGGACAUGAAUUAAACAAUGCAAUAUUGAGGACAGUUAUUAUUACAGUCAUAAAAAUUAUGUAACCAAAAGUUAUAUGCUAUUUUAAACCUGAAUACCAAUGUCUCGCAGGAGCAUAACAUUUGUAGUGGUGUAGGCGGUAGUGAAAAAAAAACAGAACACAAGAGGACUCAGAAACCCCCAUAAAAAACCUCACUGAUAAAAAUGCACUUUGUGACAACCAUUUGCAAAACUGGACCAACUCUUUCUCUCGAGGAUAAACUGGAGUUUUGAUGUGUUUUAACUUAAUCCAAAUACUGAAAACAUGUUCCUUGUGGGUUAAUUUGCACUUGCAUUAUGUUGUCAAAAGAACUUACAAGGAAUUUAUUCUAACCGUUUACUAUGUAUCAUUUGCACAUGGUGAAAACAUGUUAACAACCAUCCAGAACAUGCUUAUAAUUAAAAGCCAUUAAGAAUGA